CAAGAUCAACACAGACCUCUCAACUCAACCCAUCUAUUUCCCAACUCUCUAUCUCUCUCCAAUAUUUAUAUAUACACAUAAACAAACUUGUCCUCUAUAUUCUUUUCUCUAGCAACUGAUAACAAAGUCUGCACCUCUGGUUCUCUCUUCUCUUCCUCUUCAAUUCUCUCCAAUUCUCUGUUUGGCUUGACAAUCAGUUCUCAAUGAUGAGUGAAUUCAUCGGUGGCGGCGAUGGGGAUUUGCAAGCUGUCGUUAGAGGAUUCAACAAUGACUUCACCAUGGACAACCCACCUGCAACAUGCUUUGCUUCUGCAUCUACUAUACAACAAGAUUAUGAUGACUUUGAUUUCAGUGCCUUUCCUGAUUUAUUUGAAACAACUACUAGUACUACUACAACAGUUUUAGAUGAAUUAGAUGAACUUUACAAGCCCUUUUACCCUGUGUUGAAUUUGAAUCCUCUCUCUUCUCCUCCACAAACCAUCCUUUCUUCUUCUUCAUCAUCUUCCAUUUCUGUUUCUGGUGGAGGAAAGAGAGAGCCAGAAAAGGAGCCUUUUUGUGGGUCUGCUGGUGAUGUUGUUUCUGGUGCUGCUGCUACUACUGCUGUUGGAGUUAAAUACAAGAGGAGGAAGACUCAGCACAAAAGAGUGGUACUUCAAGUUACAGCUGAAGGUCUUUCCUCUGAUACCUGGGCUUGGCGUAAAUAUGGCCAGAAACCCAUCAAAGGAUCUCCUCAUCCAAGGAGCUAUUACAGGUGCAGCAGCUCAAAAGGAUGUCUAGCAAGAAAACAAGUCGAACGGAGUGAAUCUGACCCUGAAAUGUUUGUCGUAACCUACACCGCCGAGCACUGCCACAGCCAGCCAACUCGCCGGAGCUCUCUUGCUGGAACAACCCGACACAAGUUCUCUACCCCUAAAAGCUCCGCCAUCACUGGCGGUGAUUCUCAUUCGGAUGGUUCUCCGAUUUCUUCCUCAGCUCUAUCUCCACCGUCACCAACCCCUUCAUUAAAGAAAAAGAGCACAGAAGAGGAAGAUGAACAACGAAUGAGGAUUAUUGAAGACGGCCAACAUGAUGAUAAUGGACUUGUGAUAUACGAUAUGAUAUUGAGCGAUGACUUGCUUUUAGGGUUUGAUGAACUCGAUAGAUUGAUGAACUCUGAUGUAGCCUACAAUGGUGGUUUCCAAGAACAGUACUCACCGAUGAUCUUUCCUUACUGAAUGAGAUGGCAUACAAUACCAACUUAAAUUUUAGAAAAAUACCAAAAUUUUCCCUCGCCAAAAUCACUGAUAUAAGAGAAAAUAUUCGUAUUUAUAGAUUUGAUUAUAAUCUUCUAUGUAGAUGCUAACAUUUUUUAUUAUAUCAGUAAUUUUGGUGAACAAAGAUUUCGGUGAUCGUUAGCAGAGAUGUAUAAAUUUUCACUUCUAAAAGUUCCAACUGUUGGUAGGGCUGUGUGAAUAGGAAGUGAAAAAUGAGGUGUUUUAAUUGAUGUGUCUUAGAGUUGUUGAUGUACAAUUAAUCCAAUAUGAAACUUGAGAAUUUAGUGAUUGUCA